UGGAAUUCUGGGAAUUCCUGUAUCACAGGGAAUGUUUAUUUUUGGAGCUUAGUUAUAAAAGACUGGAUUUAUGAACAAAUAAAUCACACCGAUCCCUCUUACCCGCCUUCCCAAGACACUCUACUGACUCCUCAAAGAAGGGAAGAAUGUCUGGGGAAGCUUCUCAUUCGACUACGAUUCGUGGAUCGCCGACAAAAUACGUGAAGUUGAAUGUGGGUGGUUCGUUACACUACACAACUCUUGGGACACUAACCAAACAUGAUAACAUGCUACGGGCCAUGUUUAGUGGAAGGAUGGAAGUAUUAACGGAUACAGACGGUUGGAUUCUCAUUGAUCGUUGUGGGAAGCAUUUUGGUAUGAUCUUAAAUUUCCUUCGAGAUGGCUCAGUUCCUUUACCACAAAAUGAGGUGGAGCUGAGAGAGAUUUAUGCCGAGGCAAAGUACUACCUAAUAGAUCAGCUAGUGUCACAGUGUGAAGCCUUAUUGGCUAAGAAGAAACAGCAACACGACCCUAUUUGUAGGGUGCCUCUCAUAACAUCAACGAAAGAAGAAAGAUUGCUUGUCAGUACUGCAAACAAACCAAUUGUCAAGCUGUCAUAUAACAGAUCAAACAACAAGUAUUCUUACACAGGGCAAUCAGAUGACAAUCUUCUAAAGAAUAUUGAACUGUUUGAUAAGCUUUCCCUUCGGUUCAAUGGCCGCAUUCUUUUUAUAAAAGACUUAAUUGGAAACAAUGAAAUUUGUUGCUGGACUUAUUACGGCAAUGGAAAGAAAACAGCAGAAGUGUGCUGUACGUCUAUUGUUUAUGCAACAGAAAAAAAGCAAACCAAAGUUGAAUUUCCAGAGGCAAGAAUUUAUGAAGAGACUCUCAAUGCGCUUCUUUAUGAAAACAGAGGAAGUGGGUCAAAUGUACCAGAUGCGGAAUUGCUUCAUGCCACAAGAGGUGCUGUGGGUGCUCGUGUCAUUCAUGACUCAGAGGAAGAGCCAAUGAGAAGACACCGAGCUGGAGGAGAUGGAUAACGAUCUUUAUGAAUAUCUUUACGUCAUACCAUAAUGAAGUUCUGUUGGUCCUCAAAGUAUUUGUACAUUUUUCUAAUGGUUGUUGGUCAUGAAUUGAACUUUACCCACUAAACUCAGAAAUUAAAUAUGGACAAAUCCUGUCUUAUAAUUGGUAUACUUUCUAUAUUCAGCUUAUAAGCUUAAAUUUUCACAUUCAGAGCUAAGAGUCAUUUAUUUGUAAUCUCCAAGCUCAUGAAUUAUUAAUUAAUUUAUAAACAACAGUGAACAGCUACUGCUUAAUGAGAAAAAAUAACUAUAAUAAAUACAAAAGUAUGACCACAUUUACAUACUUUUAUGCACGGGCUCUGGUACAUUAAACUGACACAUUUUGAUGCAAAGCUGGCUGGUCUUACCAAAUGAAAUGUGUAAAAAUUUGUUUGGCAACAAGAAGCCUGUUCAUAGAAGUAUGUGAAUUUGUGAGAAACCCUUUAAGACUGGUUGAAUAUAAACUCGUAACAAGAUGUAGAUAAAUUAUAUAUAAAUACUUUGAACCAGAGAUAUAAUUUACAAAAAAGUAGUUUUAUUAUUUCUAGAAGAAUAAGUUAUCUAAAUGUG